CAAGUUGCAAAGCAAGCAAAAGAAACACAAAACCAAACAGAGCUGUGCUACAAAGCAGUGAUUGAUUCCUCCACUCACUCAAAACAUACAAACACAAAAAAAGAACCCAUCUUUUUCCCUCCAUUCAAUUACACAUUCUCACUUCUCAAACACCCAAUUCCCUCACUGUUUCACUUUCCUUGGGCACAAUCUGAGCCUUUCAAUCAGCUACCAGAGACCCCCCAAAAGGUUCAUCACCCAAAUGAGUUUCUAGCCAGGACCCAUAUUCUGUGAGAAGCUUGAGGAUCUUAAGCAAUGGUUGCAGAGCCUUGGAUUCUGAAGAUGGGUAACCAGGUAAGCUCAAAUCUAAAGCAUGCUCUUUUACUUCAGCAUUCAAAGAAACCAAACCCAAAAGCCACCCCCAAUAACUCCAACAACAAAACUCAGAAGCAAACUGUAGGGAUUCUUUCAUUUGAGGUAGCUAAUGUUAUGUCCAAGACUGUUUAUUUAUACAAGUCCCUCACAGACUCUGAGAUCUCUAAGCUUAAAGUUGAGAUCUUGAAGUCUGAGGGGGUUCAGAAGUUGGUUUCAUCUGAUGAGGCCUAUCUUCUUGAGCUUGCUUUGGCUGAGAAGCUAGAGGACCUGAACCGGGUUGCUGCUGUGGUGGGCCGGCUUGGGAAGAGGUGUGUUGAGCCGGCUCUGCAGGGUUUUGAGCAUGUUUAUGGGGACCUUGUUAAUGGGGUCAUUGAGGUUAGGGAGUUGGGGUUUUUGGUGAAGGAUAUGGAGGGUAUGAUUAGGAAGUUGGAGAGGUAUGUGAAUGCUACUUCCAAUUUGUAUAGUGAGUUGGAGGUGUUGAAUGAGUUGGAGCAAGCCACUAAGAAGUUUCAGAACAAUCAGCAUGAGGAGAGCAAGAGGGCUUUUGAGCAGAAGCUGAUUUGGCAGAAGCAGGAUGUGAGGCAUCUCAAGGACAUUUCAAUUUGGAACCAGACUUAUGAUAAGGUUGUGGAGCUGUUGGCAAGGACAGUUUGUACAAUUUAUGCUACAAUUCGUGGGGUUUUCGGAGAAUCUGCUUUGAGAAAUGACCAUGGUGGAGCUUCCCCUCCUCCUCCUCCUCCUCCUCCUGUAUCGGGGCAGAUUGAUGCCAGGAGGGUCUCCCAGGAGCCAUUGAAGAGGGUUCUUAGCAAGAAAAAGGCGUUUCAUUCGGGGCUAGUUGAGAAAGCUGUUGUGGUGAAAAAGGGGUCAAACUAUAAGCCUCAGUUUGAUUCAAGGAGAGGUGAAUUGGCGCUGUUUCGGGCAGAGGAUUUCAACUUUCCCUGCGGAACUAGCCCAGGGAGGCUUUUCAUGGACUGCCUAGUGAGCAGUUCGGUUAUUGAUGAUGAUGAUGAUGUUAGCAGUGCUGGUGGAUAUGAGGAAAGGAGUAGCCAAAUUUCGAGUUGUGGUGUGGUGAGUGGUGGUUUGAGGAGAGAUUACCCCAACAAUUCAGGUUGUUUUAGUAGAGUGCAAUUGGGUGUUCAAUCUAACUCUGGCGGAAUGAAUGGUUCACCAUUUGGCCCCAAGAGUAAGUUGAUGGUUUAUGCUCCACCUUCUACUGUGGGAGGCUCUGCUCUAGCUUUGCAUUAUGCAAAUGUUAUAAUAGUAGUAGAGAAGUUGCUUCGCUACCCUUAUCUGGUGGGUGAGGAAGCUAGGGACGAUUUGUAUCAUAUGUUGCCAACGAGUUUAAGACACUCCCUGAGGACUAAUCUGAAGUCCUAUGUCAAGAAUUUGGCUAUAUAUGACGCACCUCUCGCUCAUGAUUGGAAGGAGACUCUUGAUGGAAUAUUGAGGUGGCUCGCGCCAUUGGCACAUAACAUGAUCAGAUGGCAAAGUGAGCGUAAUUUUGAGCAACAACAAAUUGUUACACGAACACAUGUUCUUCUGCUUCAGACAUUGUAUUUUGCUGAUCGAAAGAAGACAGAGGCAGCAAUUUGUCAACUUCUUGUUGGACUGAAUUAUAUAUGCCGCUAUGAGCAUCAGCAAAAUGCAUUAUUGGAUUGUGCAAGUAGUUUUGAUUUUGAAGACUGCAUGGAGUGGUCAAUGCAAUGUGGAGCUUCUUUCGUUAAUUAGCAACUUUACUGGAUUUGAGAUCCUCAAAGUGGUGAUAGCGAAUUCCUCUUGAUUCCCAUCACUUAGAUGAAUAGUUAGGCGGUAGAGCAUCAGUUUGUGAAUAUCCCAGCUUUUCACACUGAAGAGUUAUAUUGUUGAAGACUUGAUUAAUGUAUUAAUUCCAAGUAUCGACUGGAUGUCCUGGUGAAAAAAAAAUUACUCAUUUUCAUAUGGUGGGUGCUCCAGUCAGCCGAAUUCCCUUUGUAAUGGUAAGUAUGGUCUGCUGGCCGUGGCGUUUUCCCAUCUCAGGUAUGACUAUGAGUUUACCUCCUUUUCUAUAGUCAUCUAUUGUACCUCAUCGCUGGUUCCUUCCCAACUUCAUUCUGAAAGUUCUUAUAAUGCUAGUGUGCUUUACUUGCAAUCUCUGUGACAGUUCUAAUUAGAACUGAUGCAAACCAUUCUGUUCUUUGUCUUUACUUGCUAUGAUUGUGGCCACUUGUUUAUUUUAUGGUCUUUUGGUUUGAAAAUUGUGGAAAAACUAUGAUUGUUGCAAGCUCUGCAAGUCCCCAAGACUGCUACUGACUUUACCCCAAUUCAUGGGCCUGUUGAUCGUUGUCCACGGGAAAGGGGCAGAUAUGAUAUGACCUCUUUUGCUGCUGAUCCAUAAGAAUAGCUUGUUGCAAUUGCCGGCGCUGUUUUCCGGGAUGUGGCUACUGGAAACUUUUGGUUCAUUAGUUCCAUUUACAUGUAUCCUUUUACAGCCGCGAACAAAAAAUUACUACUCGACUUACUGAUGUUUUCCAAGCUAAGGAAUUUUUUGGGCACAACGGCAUUGGUUCCAGACUUUGACAAAGGUUGAUGGAGAAGAUGGAGUUUCAUCUUCUCAA